CCAGCUUGAAAAGUCAUAAUGGUCCAAUGUGCACUGAUUUAAUUGAAUGAUCUUUUUUGUCUCUGUUUCCACAGGCUGUGGUCUGGAGUUUCUCCUGGUGCUGUGUGGUUUAGAGUUGACCCAGGGGUGUCCCGGUCACUGCAUCUGCUACGACUCUCCCAGCACGGUGAGCUGCCAGGCGCACAACUUCCUGGUGGUUCCAGAAGGAAUCCCGGCCCAGAGCGAGCGGGUCUUUCUGCAAAACAACAAGAUCCAGCGAUUGCUACAGGGUCAUUUCAGCCCAACCACCGUCAUGCUUUGGCUCUACUCCAACAAUAUCUCUUACAUCCAGCCCUCCACAUUCAUGGGCUUCACCCGCCUGGAGGAGCUCGAUCUGGGAGACAACAAACACCUCCGCUCUUUGGCUUCUGAUACUUUUCAGGGCCUGACCCGACUCCAUGCUCUGCACCUCUACCACUGUGGCCUAAUCACUCUGCCCGCUGGGUUAUUUGAAGGACUGCACAACCUGCAGUACCUCUAUUUACAGAACAACCAGCUGGAGUUUCUUGAGGAUGACAUGUUCAUUGAUCUGCUGAAUCUCAGCCAUCUAUUUCUGCAUGGAAAUCGGCUGUGGAGCCUCCACCAGAACACUUUCCGUGGCCUAGGGGCCCUCGAUCGCUUGCUGCUGCAUCAGAACCGGCUCCAGUGGGUUCACAAACAGGCUUUCCAUGACCUGCGGCGCCUGACGACUCUCUACCUGUUCAACAACUCCUUACCCGAGCUACCAGCCGAGAGCUUGACUCAGCUGCCGGCGCUGGAGUACCUGCGUCUCAACGACAACCCUUGGGAGUGCGACUGCAAGGCCGUGCCGCUCUGGGAUUGGCUGCGGCGCUUUCGUGGCUCCACCUCCUCAUUAAUAUGCAUGGCUCCGCCGGAGCUGGCGGGAAAGGAUCUGAAACGGCUGACAAAAGAAGAGCUUCCCUCCUGUACGGGCUCGGAAUCGCUCCACCAGAGCAAAUCCAGCAGCCAGGGAGAUGUGGGGGUGUCGCUGAAGAAAGAUCAUCAUCACCGAUCACACAAUCAUCAUCAUCAUCAUCCUCACCUGCCACAUCAGGAUCAAUACUAUCCCACCUCCCCGUCACCGCUCCCUCGACCGCCCAAGUCGGGACGCAACAGGAACUGCACGAGGCAUCGCAGCCGUAAGGGCAAUGGUCCGAACGAGGUGUAUAACCUAAAGGAUUUAGCCAACAAGGAAUCGGGCGACAAAUAUGACCAGUCAAAGCCAAGACGUAAGAACAAGUGCAUCCCACGGACUUCGGUGGGGCCCCCUAGUAAUGUGCAAAGAACAAACAGCAGCAGGGCGACGUCCCUCUUGGCACCUUAUUUCAUCAUCCCUCUUUACUUAUUGGUGUGUCUCACUGCCCUUAUUUUCCGCUGAGCCUGUGGAAGCCUGUACAAAUGGUUUUACCGAAAAAAACUUAGCCCUCUGUCUACUCUGGCUCCAACACUUCAGUGUGCGAAUGUGUGUGUGUGUGUGUGUUUGUGUGUGUGUGUACAUGUGUACGUCA